GGCGUCGACGACCUCAUUCCUUACUUUGCGAGAACCUGGCAACUACGCGUGAAGACUGCGACCUCAUUGAGACAAAGGAACGAUCCUGAAGAGCAGAUAACAGCCGAAAUCCUGAAUCGGAUACAACGAAACAGAAGGAUACAGGAGCAAACCUUCAAAAAUGCCUUCCAAAGGCAUCCUCUGCUACUCCUACAUUGCAGCAGACGGCGUCGAGAUCGAAUUCACUGUCCCGAAGAACUCCGUCACCAAGCGAGACCAGCAACAAUUCGGCUGUGAUCACCUUGAAGUCGAAUCCUCAAAUCUCGGGCAUUUCAAGUUUACGGGGCGGUUUGAAUUCAUCGUCCGCCGAGAUGGACGCGAGCUUGUAAAACAAUGGGUCGAUGUGAAUAGCAUGACCGGCAGCCUCAAUGACGGAACGAUGAAAACCAUGGAAGACACUCCAGCCAUAUUUGCUGAGGACUUGAUUGUCGCAUACGGCUUCUACGACGCUGGACCAGGCCUCGCAGCCCUGCCAAAACAACACCAAUGCUACGUAACAGUGACCCGGAACUACGAGAACUGGAUGCGCGACACCAUUCCCGCCGGCUCAGACGUCGCCAACAGGCCAUUCAACCGCAUGGUCCUCCCCUCAUCCCACGACAUCGGCAUGAACAGUAUGGCCACCGCCAUGUCACUGCUGGAGAAAGCAGGCACAGGCGUCAUCAAAGAAGUCCUCGGCCGCUCACUCCCGCGCGCGUUCGACAUCAUCAACAAAGUUGGUGAUAGGGGCGUGAAUGCUAUUGCGCCCGACAUCAUCCGCGCACUCGCCAUCACACAAAAGGACAGUCUCGACACGAUCCUCAAGCUAGGAGCGCGGUACUUUGAGUUCCGCCCCGCCAAAUGCCACCGCCAGAUCCAAGCCGUCAGUCCGCUCGAGGAUACGUGGUACUUCCAGCACGGCGCGAUCCCGGGGAUGCCGUACAAGCAGUUUCUGCUUGACAUCGGCAGGUUUUUGACAGAGCAUACGGACGAGAUCGUCGUGGUGCAGAACCGUUGGGACGGGGUGCCGGGCGAUUGCCCCCGACCUAAUGACGACGAGCUGCGCUCUGUACUCAACCAAGUUCUCGACGGAAAGGAUAUCCAGGUCGGGACCCAGGACGAUAUGAUGCAGCGCAGCGUCCAGGAUCUGCGGAACGAGCGCAAACGCCUCAUCCUCCUCCGCGACAUAAACCAAGUCUCCAACUACGACGACGACGCAAACGCCACCCUGACCGGCGACUCCAUGGUCGCCAAACUCCAGUCCAUGGCUGAAAACCCGCCCUCGGGACACCCGAUCACCCUGCUGCAGUGCCAGGCGACAGCGACGAAUAUCCGCGACGUCAUCGUUGCAAGCGUGCUGGAUUCAGAUGUCAGCACCAGCCCGAUUUUAGCCACGAAGCCGGUAUGUGACAGCAAGAUACUGCCGCUGUUGAGGGGCGAGUGCGGCAAGCGUCUUACAAGAGAGGAGAGCGUUGUGGUGCUGUUGAAUGACUUCUUUGAGGGAGCGACGGCGGAUGUUGCGAUUGGGUUGUGUAGAGAUAGGCUGGGGUGAAUGGGGUCCAGUUGACUGUUGGUAAUGAGAGCGAUGUGGGGGUAGCGUUGUUGUGAAUACGUACCAAGAUAUUUGACGAUCAAACAGAGGGUCAUGUAUUCAAGGAUCCUGUCAGCUUUAGGACGGGUUUUUGAUAAAACUGGUGAAAAGUCAGGACCUGCGCAAUCAAGAUCAUGUGUAGAACGUGAACGUGUAGAACGUGAGUAUGCUGAGUGAACAA